AUGUCAGAUUCUAGCGCCGCAUUUCCAACAAGCAUCGAAGAGCAUGUCAUCCGCGGAAACCUCAACAGUUCAUUACUUCUCAACUUCCUAAUGGCGCUAUAUCUUCUCUCGCUUUCCAAUUUUAUGGUGACUUGGUACUUCACGGACUGGGCAUUUGUUCUACACGGACAGACAAGGGAAUCCAUUUUCGUGAACACCUUGGAAAACGUUCCGACAUGGAUUGUCGUGGUGGAAGAUUUGUUCACCAACUCUUUGCUGGUUAUAUCUGACGGAUUACUGAUCUGGAGGUGCUAUCACGUUUGGGGGAGGUCGCGGAGGAUGAUCAUAAUUCCAUUUAUUCUUUGGGCCGGGGAAUUUGGGUUUGGAAUAGCAUCGGUGACAAUCAACGGUCUAUUUGGCCCAAUAGCAUCCGCUUCUCAGGCUGCAUUAGCAAAUAACAUUACAAGUACUGUGAUUUUUCUUUCUCUGGGGUCUACACUCAUCUCGACAUCACUUAUUGCCUACAAAAUCCACAUUUCGUUUCAACUAAGCCAAUCGCCUCGUAAAAGGUUAUUCAACCGUGUUUCUAUAAUGAUAAUCGAGUCUGCUGCACCAUAUUCAAUUGUCCUGCUUUUUUAUGCUAUUCUCGACAUUCUACCAUCACAAACCAUAUUGGCAUCUCCCCUUAUCGAGGCUGGUUUUUACCUGGAGCAAGUAUUGAACGUCACUGCGGGGUUGGCACCUACUGUACUUGUUGCGCGACUAGCGUGGACAAACACUGAAAAACCCAUGCUAUCCGAGGGCCAAAUGAUGGGCAUCUCCAACUUGCAUUUCAAUUCUAGUCGGAAAACCCACGAUAUGGAUAUUGCAGGUUUAGUCGCCACAAACUUGAACCAGUUGAACAGCUCCAUGGCGGCAGACAUUGAUCAUCAUCUGAAAGACGAUGUUGAGCGUAUUGGAAGUCAGAUCCAAGAUGUUGAUGUGUAG